UUGUCUGGAGUAUGCUUCCGUACUGUUUUUUUUAUUUAUCACGUGUGCUUUGUUUAAGGAAGAGCGUACAAACCUGCUCGUUUUCUAACUUCACUACAGCUUUCUGGUAUUUUUAGUGGUUGAUAAUAGUUAUCACGCCAAGUUUAAAAGCAGAAACAACGCUAAAAUAUACUUGCUUUUGGAUGGUGAAAAUUGCAGCUGUCAGUGUCCAGCUCAGCUAUCAAACUGUUAUCUGGUGAUAUGCGGUCCUUGAGCUAUGUUCAGCGUGUUAGUUUUGAUUUCCCCGGAACCCUUUUCCCUCAUGCAAUUUGUCUUGGUGAUGCGGACAAUGACUCGCUGAAUGAACUUAUCGUGGGUGACACCAGUGGAAAGCUGCAUGUGUACAAGAACGAUGACGCCAAGCCUUGGAUCACUAGAACAUGUGUGGGCAUGCUCACCUGUGUUGGUGUUGGAGACAUCUGCAACAAAGGAAGGAACUUUGUAGUUGCUGUGGGUGCAGAGGGAUGGUUUCACCUGUUUGACCUGUCUGCAGUGGCAGGAGCCAAGUCAGAUUCAUCCAGCCAGCAGGAGGCGCUGUUCUCUGACGACCAGAAACCCUGCUUCUCUCAGCACAUUCCUGCCAACACCAAAGUCAUCCUUAUUAGUGACAUAGAUGGGGAUGGGCGCAGUGAGCUUGUAGUGGGAUACACAGACCGUGUGGUGAGAGCGUUCCGCUGGGAGGAGCCUACCGACUCUUCAGACCUGAGCUCUGGACAGCUGGUCCUGCUGAAGAAGUGGCUUCUGGAGGGACAGGUGGACAGCCUGUCAGUAAACCCAGACCUAGAGGGUCUUCCUGAACUGAUGGUGUCCCAGCCUGGUUGUGGCUUUGCCAUCCUGCUGUGCACAUGGACACAACAGGGCUCCUCUGAGGCGGGGCUUGGGGAGGAGGCUCCACCCACUCCUGGCAGCGAGGGUCCCUCCAGAGACGUCAUUCUGCAUCUGACCACUGGUCGGAUCCACAACAAGAACGUUUCCACUCAUCUCAUCGGGAGCAUAAGCAGAGGGUCCAAAUGCGACUCCUCUAAAUGCGGCCUGUUUGCCCUCUGUACUCUAGAUGGCACCCUGAAACUGAUGGACAGUUCAGAGCAGUUGAAAUGGUCAGUGCAGGUGGAUCACCAGCUCUUUUCUCUGCAGAAGCUGGACGUCACAGGCGACGGCAGAGAGGAGGUGGUGGCGUGUGCCUGGGAUGGUCAGACCUACAUCAUCGACCACAACCGCAUGGUGGUGCGCUUCCAGUUUGACGAGAACGUCAAUGCUUUCUGUGCAGGUCAGUACACCUGUAAGGAUGGCAAGAACAGCCCCUGUCUGGUGUACGUCAGCUUCAACCACAAGAUCUAUGUGUACUGGAGGGUGGAGCUGGAGCGCAUGGAGCCCACCCAUCUCCUUAGAGUCCUGGAGGAGAGGCCAGAGUUCAAGGCCCAGCUGGAGCAACUGGGAGUGGACGCUGAGGACAGGGAGGCUGUGAGAGAGCUGGUGGGAGACACACUCUAUGGACACACGCUGAAGAAGCAGGCCGGAUGACCUUAACACGACCCUCACCUCUCCACUCCUCCAACCCCCCCCUCUUUCUCCUCGUUUAUGUAAAUACUCUGAAUAAAGGCUGAAUCACACACUGA